GCCGAGCGGAUUGUUCAUUAAUUCGUUCGCUGUGACCCUGAUAUUUUUGUGUAACUGUAUUCCAACAGCAAACAUUAAGGGAAGAAUUUCGGUACAAAAAAAUUAACGUUCUCUUAAAAGCUGUUGCGAAAUAGAUUGUGCAUUGAUCGUUAUCACUGUGAUCCUGAUUUCUUAAUAACUGCAUUCGGACAGCUUGAAAUUAAAGUAAAAGUUGAGGUAAAGAGAAUUCAAAUUAUUGAAUAUUUAAAUUUAAUUAUUUAUUUAUUAAUUAUUAAUUUAUUUAUUUAAUAUUUAAUAUUUAAAUUAUUUCAAGGAAGGUGUACCGUCCUCAGUGCCUGCAUUUUUACUACAAAAUCAGAUGAUUUACAAUAUCUACCGACUACACAGCGCCAGAAUUCCCCUAUAAAUCAAACGAAGUAUAAAUUCAUCACGCGACGCAGCUAACAAUAUACAGCCGUACACGACAAUGUACUAAAAUACCCAGUGCCGCAGCCAUUCGCGAGCAACGUAGCCUAAUCAGACCGCUCCUGACAAAAUUGCACAGUCACAACAAAAAAUGCUCGUCCAACAUUCUCCAUAAUUCCCACUCUUACCAAAACAUCCCCAACCUCAUCGAUCAGGGGUCACCCUCGAAACAACCCUUAACCCUUGAAAUUAAAGAAACUCGCAACAAACAGCGCCGAAAAUAAAUCUCCCUCGACCAGAAGCCGACAAAUUUUCCCGGAACAGUUUUCGCAUCGUCGCUGUUCCGAAAUAACAAAAGCACCCAGCGAUCCCAAAGCUCUCCCAGAAUUGCCAGAAAGCAUGCUCGAUCGUCUCGAGCAAUCAACGACCCCCGAAAUAACGAAAAGCAGCCAGCGACGGCUGAGAAAACGAAGGAAACCUGCGAGGAGGCAUUGACGCGUCGUCGCCAGCAAAUUUUCUAGCUACGUCCCUGGCAAUGACGCAAAAGAAGAACGCAGGCGCGGACGUCUGACGCCAGCGACGGGCGUAGAAGGCAAGCAAGCCCUCGCUAUAGCGGCGUCAGUGAGUGUCGAGCCGGCUUCGCUCGCCGAUCGUUGACUGAAGUGUGCCGGUGAUCGCUGUUGUUCGAGCAAAAUCGCGCGAUCCUGGAUCGCCUCGUGGCCGUCCUGUCACUCGCCUAACCAGCAAAUCGGUGGCGCGCGGCCGCGCGCGGUGCCGAAUCGAAGAUCGGUGGGAAUCAUCGGCGCGAAAAGACGUCGAUCGUUUCGCGCGCGUCGAUCGCCGGGUGGCGCAUGUUGCUCUCCUCGAGGUUCGAUCCGCCGAUAGACAGCUGGCAGAGGCUUUGUUCACUGGGAUGCUUUGAAACGCAGCCACUGCCGCUCCGUUCAAGGGUGAAAGGCCAUCCGAGCUCAUCCAGCCAUGACGAAGUAUUGGCUGAACGUGGCCCUCCUCAGGGUCGUUCUACCGGUUGUCCUGACAGGAUGUACGAUAUGGCGACCCGUGGGACUGUCGCUGGUCUACUUGGGCCUAAUGCUCUACUCGCCACAUGUUCCGAUACCAAACACGAAGACCAUGGCCGGUCACACUGGCCUGUAUCUGAAGACCGCCAUUGGCCUGUCGUUUCUCACCGCUAUCAGCCAAAUCACCUUCCACAUAGUCUUGCUGUCGCUGCCAGCUUAUGGACACUUCCUCCACAAUUGCGAGUUGCUGGAGCUAGUGUGCAGACACUUAGGCUUCGUGAGGCUAGAUAGCGCGUCCGCGUGGGAGGUGUUCUUUUGGCUGAUCCCAGAAGUAAUUGUCUUACCGAGCACCGUCGCGAUCUACUGCAUCUGUCGCUAUUUAACGAAGAAGCCCGUGACUGACGUGGAAGAUGACGUCUCCGUCAGGGGAGCCGCGGCGUCCAAGAAGGCUGAAGACAGCACCGCGAAGAUAAUCAAUUUCCUGGGACGUAUCGGGACAUACUUGAUCCUGGCCUCGUUGUGCAUCGUGUCGUCCUUGAACCCAUCCAUAGAAGCUGGCUUUUACUUCUUGGUGUUCCUUGGAGCGGCCACCUGGUGGGCCUGCAACAAGGAGCUGAGGAAAGGCUUCGCGAUGUUGUGCAGACUCGUGAUGAUCGUCGUGGUCCUCCACAUCCUGACGCUGCUCAGCUACCAAAACCAAGUUCCCCAGGAGCUGGUCCCGGUGAACAGCACCUGGCAGCGUUACCUGGGCCUCUCGGCGAUCUAUCAGACGAACUGCAGCGAUCCUAGGAACGUGGACUACACGGACGACGCCGAUUGGCUGGUCUACGCCUACUGUCUUCGGCUGUUCUGGCUCUACUAUGUCUUGGCGCUGCAGGCGAAGUUCCUGAGCCAAAAGCCGGCUAAGAAAAUGAAACGUUUGAGCGGCAGGCUGGAGAAUCUGGACACUCCGUUGUCCAGACACGUUUCCAUCAGGCGAAGGACGCCCUCCCAGAGGUGGCAAUCGGCGCGGCGAAAGGCUCGCCUGAUGAGGUUCGGGUCCGCGAGAACGGGGCUCCUGCAGGACUCGACGGGAAGCGUCAUCGUUCAGGAUGGUCAUCAGGAUGACAGCAUCCAGAUGCACAGUAUCAGUGACGGAGGCGCGGAUGAGCAGUCCGGAAUCAUCGAGGGCAUCAUCAUGGCCGUCUACUCCAUCUUCCAGUUGAUAAUCAACUCGUCCUACCUUGCUACGAACAUCAUAAUGAUGACUUGGAGCAUAAUGUACCACAGCUGGACAACCUUCGCUCUUCUUUUGUGGGCCCUGAUUCUCUGGAUGGUGCCCAACAAGCGCGCAUCCAUGAUGAAAUGCUCGCCCUUCAUAGUGUUCUAUGCGACCCUCCUGCUGCUCGGCCAGUUCAUUUACAGCAUGGAUUUGACUGAUGCGGAAUUGCCGACGCAGAUAAACGGAAUGAAGAUGUCGGAGAUCGGAUUCAGCAAGCCCCAAGAGCUCAGUCGCUGGCAUUUAAUAGUCAAGUGCCUCUUCAUAACAAUGUUCUGGAUAACAAUGAGACAAUACACCGCCGAGAGAACUCGCCAGAGACGAUCCUCGGCACUGAGAGACAUGGUGGCGCCGUUGCACGUCUCCGUGUCGACUGCCACCACAGCGAUGAACCACGAAGUGCCAGAAAUCAAGAGCAAGUUCAUGAAAGACGUUGGAAUACUCUUGAAGAAGCUGCUGACCAAGUUCUGGAUCGCCGUGGUAGCAAUCAUGCUGUUCAUCUGUGGGAUCACUGGGGAACGCAUGACCAUGUUCAGGAUCGUCUACAUGUCCCUGUUCCUUGUGCUCGUCAUUACCUUCCAGAUGUCCUGGUACUUGUGGAGGAAGAUGAUGUACACGUUCUGGCUGACGGUCAUCGGCUACUCGGUGAUCAUGCUGAUCCUCGUGUACACUUACCAGUUCGACAACUUCCCAGAAUAUUGGAACUACCUGCACAUCGACGAAGACCUGCAAAUGGACAUCGGCCUCGAGAAAUACGCGACGAAAGACCUGUUCGUCAGACUGCUGACGCCAACCUUCUUCGUCAUCAUCACUGUUCUACAGAUCCAUUACUUCCACAAAGAUUUCUUGGAGGUGACGAACAUCGAGAGAGUUGGAGCCGGGGAGAGUCCUCUCAGGCAAGAGACUACAAAUCACUCUACGACCUUGAACAUGCCGCGAACAUCGGCUGGCGACGUCUUCCUGACUACGGAGGAUGACCAGGACAAUCGAUACAGUCUUCAACAAUUGAAACGGAUGUCGAAGAUAGAGAGAAUUGCCCUGUUCCGCAAGAUAAUGAAGCACCUAGUGAAUUUCUACAACUACGUCUGGCUGUUCUUCGAGCUCCACAUGCAGAAGAUCAUCUUCACCACUGUCAUGCUUCUAUGCGUGAACGACGUAUGCGCCAUCAAUCUCGUGUUCGUCGUGAUAAUAGCGAUAAUGCUGAACACCAAGAGGAACGUUCAAAUACUUACCGCGAAUAUGAUCGCAGUGGUGAUCGCCUUCUUGAUAGUGCUGAAAAUGCUCUACCAGAUCCAAUACAUCGAUCCCAACAAUUGGAACGUCAAUUGCACUAGGCCGGAGGAUGAUAAGCAGAUCCCCUUCGCCAGCAACAACACUGUCUACAACAUAGCGGAGUGGUUCGGCUUGAGGAAAGCGGAGCCAGGACACCUGGCAGAGCUGUUGAAAGGGUACAUAGGGAUCAUGGUAGUGACGACUCUGCGAAAGGUCAUCAGAAUUCGGCAGUGUUUCCAUCGGAAGGAGAUCGGAGAGCCUCUGGAGACGCCUCAAGUGAUGUUCCCGUCAAUUACCAGGGCAGACGCUGACAAAGGGCUGCCGGAAUGCAUCAAGUUCCUCUUCAACUACGGAUUCUAUAAGUUCGGCGUGGAACUGAGCCUGAUCGGGAUCGUGGCGCUCAUUGGCACGAGGCUCGACUUUUAUUCGGUCCUCUACAGCAUCUGGCUUCUGCUGUUGUUCUCCUUGAAGAGGAGGACUAUAUCCAGGAUAUGGCCGAUCUUCAAGGCCUUCGCUGUCAUCCUGCUGCCUGUGCAGUAUUCCCUGGUCGUUGCUCUGCCUUCUUGGCUUUGUAUAGACUAUCCCUGGAGCAAUUCGGAGAUGCUCAGGAGGCUGCAGGAAUGGAUGUACUUCCCGGAUCCCGACUUCCCUCCCAAUCCCAGGAAAUUAAUGUGCGACUUCAUUCUGCUGAUGAUGCUGGUCAGACAAAGCCUCUACUUCCGCAUCGAGCAACGAUACGCUGCACAAGCCGAUGAGUUCCAUGGCGGUCACAAUUACUCUGUCCACCAGAACAUGGAGAAGCCGAACUUCGUGAAUCCUGUGAAGGAUUACGUUUCUCUCAUACACUCGUGGCUGGACAUCGUGAAGAGAGGCGUGCUGAUGAGCCUGAUGUGGGUCACUCUGUCGAUCAUGUUCCUGGCCGGAACGAAGAGGACGAAUCUGUUCUCGUUAGGCUACCUGAUCGGCGCCUUCGUGUUCCUCUGGCAGGGCAGCGAUUUCUACUUGAGGCCGGUCAAAACGAUCUUAAAAUGGUGGAAUAUAUUGAUCGGGUACAACGUGGUCGUCAUCUUCCUGAAGGCUGUGCUCCAGGGAGUCGGCUGCGUGCUGAUCAAGAAGCUCGUGGUUUCAGCUUGCCCGGUGAUCCAGCUAUUCGGCAUCACUUGUCUGAGGAAGUUCGAAAGCUCUGCCAGCGACAUAGUGCCUAGCAACGUGGACUGCGAAGUCCCCAGAGAGGACAUCGGCAUGGUCUGGGACGGUCUAUGCUUCGGCUUCCUGCUGCUGCAGAAACGACUCUUCAAGAGCUACUACUUCUUCCAUAUAGUCGACGAAACGAAAGCCAUGAGCGUCUUAGCGUCUCGUGGAGCUGAACUCCUGGAAGAGCUGCACCAUAAACGCAUCGAGAUCCAGGACGGGGUCGAGAAGAACGUGCUGCAGAAGCUGAAGUUCAAGAUGGACAAGAUCAAAGCCAGCCAGAGGAAGAUACAGGGUCCUAGUUACAGGGAACCGCAGACUCAUAAAGUUGAUACUCUCUAUCCAGGGGCACGGCCAUUGUACAGAGUUCGCGCGCCAAAGACCAACAGAGAGGCCAUACGGUCCGGAGAUUACUAUAUGUUCGACGAUCUGGACGACGACGACGUCACUGACAUGAUCCCGGACACCGAGUCCGAGAAGGAGGAGCGGGGACGCCGUCGCGAGCAGGAGCAACGUGGUCGCAGAAUGACCAUAUCCGAAUUGAUGAACACGCUGAUUAAGACAGACAUUGAGAUCGCGACCCACGUAGCCAUGUACGGAGGGACCGAAAAGGACGCGCUGAGACUUCGUCGCAGGAGCGUACCGUUGACUAGGAAGAAAUCGUCAAUGUCCUAUCUCAGUGCACGCUCCGAGACCGACACUGCGAUGGCCACCGAUGGCGGCGAUAAGACCAGCCUAACGUCGGCCGACGUCGAAACCGAGGGGAAAGAAGAAACAACGGCGGAGCCUGCGAAAACUCCGGAAUCUUCCGACUAUGGCGAGGAUAAGGUCGAUGGACCCAAGAAGAAAGAGGGGGAGGAGGAGGAGGAGGAAGAGAAGAAGGUGUCAUUUGUCACAUACUUCAAAUUCCUGGUUGUGAUAAUCAAUAGUGGCCUGUCGACAAUGACCAAGUACCUGAACAGAUUUUCUAGAGAUUAUAGAUACAUACGGAAAGUCCUGGCCAAGGAGAAGAAAGUGUUGAAGGCGAAGCCAGACUUUCGAAUGGGGAUGCGACUGGGCAUCAGUCAGAUGUGGCAGCCGAUACCUCUGAUGAAAACGAGAUCGGAAACUAAUGGGAACGCUGAGGAGCAAUACGAUCCCGGCGAGGGUCCCAGUCGACCUCAAUCUCAGGAGCCAAGGAAAGGAAGCUCGCUGACGGUCCCGCAUAUCCGAAUUCUGGCGCCGAGUUUGGAGCGAGGAUUGGACAUGUCCUCCUCCAGCACCCUAUUCUCGGAACUAUCGCCGGUGCAACACGACGACGAGGGUGCAGAGCUGUCCGAGGUCGAUCAACCUCCGAUCAUCCAAAUGCUGGCGUCCAUUUGGUUCGGAAUUCUGGCGCAUUCGAGCCUCCUCUGUUACUUCAUGGUGUUCCUUCAUCAAAUUAAAAACGCAUCCGUCCUGUCCACCCCUCUGCCUCUCAUGGUGUUCUGCUGGGGUUCCUUAACCAUCCCCCGUCCGUCGAAAACGUUCUGGGUCACUCUGAUCGCUUACACCGAGGUGAUUGUUAUUGUGAAAUGCAUUUUCCAAUUGGAACUACUGCCAUGGAACAGAGACGCAGCUCCGAACAAUCCUCUUUUCGCACCUAGGAUCAUUGGCGUCGAAAGGAAACCAAAUUAUGCACUCUGGGACCUCCUGCUUCUGCUCAUGGUGUUCUUCCACAGGUUCAUGCUAAAAUCAUUGGGACAGUGGACAUCGCCGUCUAUCAAGCCAAGGAAGAUCAUCCCCUCUUCCUUAACCAUUGUCUCGGCCAAACCGCCUGACAAGGGGCAAGGGGAGCCUGUGUCUCGACAGGACGAGCCAGACGAUGGAGUGACUGUAGUAACGCCUAAAGGGAAGAGACUGAACAUGCAGGCAACUGGCGAAGGCGAAACUGUUCCAACAACCGAUGAACACGAGAAAUUGGUCGCAAUUCAGGGCGAAGAAGUGGAUCCUUGCGUGGAAGAGGUGCCAACAGCUGUGAACAUGUCGGUAAAUAAGUACGUCCAGCCGACGCAGCAGUUCUUCAAACAGAUCCUCAGUCCAUUCGGCAAAGAGAAGACGAACGUGUACGCGUACAUGUUCCUCUGCGACUUCUUCAACUUCCUGCUCCUGAUCUUCGGUUUCUCUGCAUUCGGAACGCAGCAAGGCGACGGUGGAGUGACCGCCUACCUGCAAGAAAAUCGCGUGCCAAUGCCUUUCCUGCUGAUGCUGCUGCUGCAGUUCGCCUUGAUAGUCAUCGACAGAGCUCUGUUCCUGAGGAAAUCGAUCCUGGGAAAGCUGAUCUUCCAGUACUGGCUGAUAUUCGGCGUUCACGUCUGGAUGUUCUUCAUUUUGCCCAGUGUAACCGAAAGGCAGUUCAACGACAAACUUCCGCCGCAAAUCUGGUACAUGGUGAAGUGCUUCUAUCUCUUGCUGGCGGCUUAUCAACUGCGACAGGGUUAUCCGACGAGGAUAUUGGGCAACUUCCUGUGCAAGAAGUACAGCAUCGUCAAUUACGUCUUGUUCAAAGGAUUCAUGCUAGUGCCGUUCUUGUUUGAGCUGAGGGCUGUGAUGGACUGGAUCUGGACGGACACGUCCAUGACGAUCAUGGACUGGUUCAAGAUGGAGGAUAUUUUUGCGAGCAUCUACCAAAUUAAGUGCAUGAGAGGGUUGGAGACGGACUUCCCUCAGCCAAGGGGCGUGAAGAAGAAACAAUUAAGCAAGUAUCUAGUGGGAGGCGGUGCCCUGUUCCUCAUUAUCGGACUCAUUUGGUUCCCACUGCUGCUGUUCGCACUUGGCGGCACAGUCGGCGACUCGAACCUACCUUACGAUGUAUCCAUGAAAAUUCGCAUCGGUCCUUACGAGCCGAUCUACUCGAUGUCAGCGCAAACCAGAUCGAUCGUCGGAUACACCGAGGCCGAAUACACGGAAUUCCAUAAUGUGUACGCGAAAAAUAAACCGGCGGUCACAUUUCUCGAGAACUACAUUCAUUCCGACGUCGCCGCGGUGAGAUUAAGCGGAUCCUCACGGAAGCUAUGGAGCAUAUCACCGCCAGACUUGCAACGAUUGAAGGCAGAGCUAGAAGACAACAGUACCACCGUCGUGAUCCACGUGGAGUGGACAGUGUCGCGGAAAACGUACGCGAAAGACGCGAGCGAGGUGACAAGGAAGUUGCGGGAUAUUCCGUUGCCACCGUACGUCGAUGGAGAGUUCAAUCCCGUCAGGCUGAGACUGGCAGAAAUACUAUCGACCGACGAGGCGACGCCCCAUAACGGGACCAUAACGUUGCCGAGCGCUUUCCCGAAGUUCUUGAAAGUGACCAGCAUAACUACCGACGUCGUUCCCCAAUUAAUGCAGAUAAGAAAGGGGCCCGACGAUGAGGAAUCCGAGCCGAACGACAGCUAUCUCUACAGAAGCAUCAACCUGCACUUGUCCACAGAUGCAGCUUGCUGCGCUCGCCAGAAAUGGUGGGUGGUCAAAGAAGUCUGCAACGACGACCUGUACAUUAAUCAGUUGUACAAAGUGCCAUUGAACAACUGCAAUUACAUCAUGAUGUUCUUGUUCAACGACAAAACGUUCCCCGAGGAGCUGAGCUUCAUCAGCGGCUUCGGAAUCCUGGGAUUGUACACCACCGCGGUGAUAGUGAUAAGUCAGAUGAUGAGGAAGAUAGUGAGCGACAUGGCGCCGAAGAUCAUGUUCGACGACCUGCCCUACGUGGACAGGAUCCUCAGGCUGUGUUUGGACAUUUAUUUGGUCCGAGAGAGCGGGGAAUUGUGUCUCGAAGAGGAUCUGUUCGCCAAAUUGAUCUUCCUCUAUAGAUCGCCGGAGACGUUGAUCAGGUGGACGAGACCACCGGAAGAGGGCGAGAGGACCGACAACGAAGACCAAGAUGAGAUAGAGGAUGACAGAGAAGAGUCCCAAGCGUAAACGAGAUUAUGGGAAAGCUUGCUUCGCAUCCUGCUCGGUGGGAGAAUCCCGGAAAGUGUUAUGACAUUUAUUAUAGGCAAUUUGUUACCUAGGGAAGAGAAUAUUUAUGACGAAUCCGUCGACAAUUCGGAACGAUGACAAUAGAAAGCGCGAUUGUCGGCAACGCCGUAUCCGAAAAUGAUUCGAAACUCAGGAAUUUAUGGCCACCGCGUUUGUUGCGAUUGUUCCUAUCUUCGAAGAGUCUAUUGCAAACGAGCAUGUAUAUAAAACAGGUUGAACAAAAAAAGAAACAGGGAACACGCGUGGGGGGGAUGCUAACGUGACGAUAAGAAACGGCUGAUAAUUGAUGAAAAAUAUCGAGAAUUCCGCCGUGUUUGUUUCACAAAAAUAUACCACGUUCCGGUGAUCUUUAUUUUAAUAUUUAUUAUAUAGUAUUUAUUAACGUACGGAUUAAUAUUCUGAUCAUCACACGUAACAGUAACGCAAGGAAAUGAUUUUUACACAAGUGCUUUGAACAUUUCAUAGUUCUUGAAACGUUCACGUCGUACCAUUCUAGGAGAUAGUGCUUUUCUUUUUUUUUUAAUUAUUAUUUGUCAGGUCGAACCGACGGGCAUUUCUAGCAGUGAUGCACUUAGUGUCGCAUUCGUGUAGGUAAGGAAGCGAUUAUCUAACCCUCGGGGAUGAACAGUGUAUGUCCCAAAAACUGCCGUCAUCGCAGAAUUUAGUUGUUUUAUACCUUUUCUAAUCAUCGACACACCUAGCUCUGUCAUUCAUCUCUGCCAUGAUCCGGCUGCCUAGCCAAGCGUCUCGCGCUCGUUUUAUAUGUAUAUCGAUUACAUUUAAACAAAGAUUUAAUACCGCAAAAAAAAGAAGUCAUUGUUUGUACAUAUACAUUUUACGAUCUGCAUUCGUCGGAACAUUGUAUCACGUCGCCUUGAUACGUCUUAUAAAAAUAUAAUUCAAAUAUAAAUUGUUUCGAAUCA